UCAGCCAGUGGCAAUCUGCACAUUCAUCCAUCCAUCCAUAGACACGCAGAUGGACACUUCCACAGAGAUGAGUGUGGGGUGGCCACCCACCUGCCAGAUUUCCAUCUCGGUGCAGGUGAAGUUCAUGAACUGGGCCAAAGUGCCGUAGCUGCCCCUUCGGCCCCUGUACCCCUCCGAAAGGCACUCCUUCUCCAUGCCCUGGUAGCACCGACUGAGGUAAGCCGCCGGACCAGGCACGGCGAGACCUAACCACAGAUAGCCGCGAGCGAUGCAGAUAUUGGCGAGCGGCUCGCCAUUGCGGUAGGUCACCGCCCCCUGUGUGCCGGCCACCGUCACCCUCUGCCUCUCCUCAGGUAUCUCGAUCUUGGUCGGCGUCUCGUACGCACCCGAGAGCGAAAAGAAGAAGACGGGCACCUUGUAGAUGUUGGUCUGUGUAGGGUCGGCGGGUGGUGUGAGUGGGCCGUCGAUGAAGCAGCCGAAUCGGUGAGUGCGGCCAUGUUUGAUGGCGAAGAGGAGGCCGCUCUUGCCCUCGACACACUCGAGCAUCUUGGGGAAGGCAUACGUGUCACGACUGCCCCUGAUGGACGACACACAACACACACACACAGACACCCGAAGGCAGAUCUUCCAGGGCCCCCUCGCUGCUGUCUGUGUGUGUGUUGCUCGCUGACUUGUAUAAGAGUGACGCCAUUGGUGAGGUCUUGCCCGUCAUCUUGAGCACCUCGCCCCACUCCUCGGCCGUCUCGAUGACCAAGUUGCCCCCCGCCAGGCCGCUGAAGAAGGGCUCGUACUUCAGCCCAUACAUCUCAGUGUCCGUCCGAAUCUGCUUGGUUCUGGUCGAUGUGGGCGGCCUCACCAAAGUACCGGGCGGUGCGAUGCGACGGCGGCGGGCGAAGUCGGUGACCUUCAUGAAAUGGUCAGGGCGGAUGGAACUCACAGGCGCACCGCUGCAGACACAAGAGAAGGACACAGACAUGGCGAUUGUGCCUCUCCCGCCCAUCUGUCUGGUGUUGUGUUGCCCACCUGUGGAACGUCCUGUAGAGUCGUUUGUCAGUGCCGAUGGAUGCCAGUGUGGCCUCGGUGGUCGACACCGUCUUGCCCAGGACGCGCAGGCUCUUUAUCUCAUCCCCUUGCCCUCCCUGCCCCCCCUCAGUCGCCAGCAGCGGCUUGACAAGCUUGUGGAAGUUGAGCAGGGCCCGCUACACUUCGCCCAGCCGACCCAAUGACGCAUCCAGGCUUGCAGUGCUGCUCUUGAGUGCCGCCAUGUGGUCGCUAGCCCCCUCCUGCUCCCCUGCCGGCUCCCCCUUUUCCUCACUUGCCGCCUCUCCCGCCUGCUGCUGCUGCUGCUGCUGGUUGUCCACCUCCAUGUGGUCGUCAUCGUCGUUGUGUGGCGGCGGGUCUGUGGGCCUGUCGACGUCGAGGCCGGUCUUGGUGGCGAAGAGGAGAUGAUGCCAGGAGACCGAUGAGCUGUCGGUGUCGUGUGGAGGGGUCAGGACGAUCUCAUGGCUCUCGCCCUGCGCAUCGGCCACGCCGACGUCGGUGAUCUCAUUGAACAGCCUGACGCCAACAGAUACGACAAACCGCACUGUCUGCGAGUUCGUCUCCCCUCUCCCCCCACUCCCAACUGACCACUCCAGGUAGACGGGGUCAGCGUCGAGGAAUGGCCGGCCGUCCUUGUCCUUCGGCAGCCCAUCCAGAUGGUACAGCAGCAGAUAGGCGAUGAUGCUCUCACUCACGCCGGGCAGCAGCAGCGGCUUGCGUGGCACACACAGCACCGUCCCGCCCACGUUGACCUCUAUCUCCUCACUCAACGGGCCUGUCACACUCGGCUGCGCGGCAUUGGUCGUAAUCAGGUCCUUGAUCGUCUUGGCUUGCUGCCGCAGCUUCUUGCGCAUCUGUUUGGCCGACUGCUCGAUGGCGGCGAGUGCCUCGUCGGCCUCCUUGAACAGCGCGUCGACUGAUGCCCUCCCGAUGAAUGGGAGCGGCUCAAACUCAUCGCUGUCGUCGGCAGGCGACUCCGGCGGCUCCUCCACCUUGCGCUUCUUCGCAAACAU